AUGAGAGCUCAAAUUCUAAAAUAUACCAACUGGAUCAUCGACUGCGAUUACAAAAAAAAUCUUUGGGAAUCUUUUAAUGUAGUUGAUGAAGUAGCCUACCGCGCCGCGGUGGGUCCCUUAUACGCCUAUCGUGCAAGCCUUCUGAUUACUUAA